UUCCUUUUUUUUUUUUUUUUUUUUUUAUUCGAAUGCCUUUUUCCUUCAAUUUUAUUGUCUGGAUCUAUCUGUGUGUGUUUAGAAUCGUCUUUUCUUCUUUUCUGAAAGCUUGAUUUCAUCUGGUUGGGCGGUGAUUUGAUUAGCGAGUGCUGGUUUGGAUCGGAAUUUUGUUUUGGUUUUCUUUUUGGCUGGAAUUCUAUGGGAGGAAAAUUGAGCUUCUGAUUGUUUGGCACACGCAUUGUAGGACCUGUAAAUCUUGGUUUUUGGUGUGGAAUUUGUCUUUUGGGGGAAAUUUUAGGGAAAGAUGAAUCGUGCGGACAAAUUGUCGUUUCAAAUUGGGGAAUUUCGAGCCGGGAAAUGUGAUGAACGAUGUUGCAGCAAAAGGAUUCAAUCCAGGGCUAAUGGUACUUCUUCUUGUUGGUGGGUUGCUGCUGAUUUUCCUCAUAGGGAACUAUGCACUUUACUUGUAUGCACAGAAGAAUCUCCCUCCCAAGAAGAAGAAGCCAGUUUCUAAAAAGAAAAUGAAGAGGGAAAGACUGAAGCAAGGAGUGUCUGCACCUGGAGAGUAAAAGAAAAAAAUGACCAAGUGUUUAACUUCCCGAGGUUUCCUUCUUAGAACGGUUUGAUUUUCCCCACAAUUUUCAUACAUAGACUGCCUAGAAAGUUCUUACAGUUGUUUAUUUCUUUUAUUUGCUGUCUCUUAACUCUUCAGGAAUUGAUCUUGAUUGUGAGUUUCUAACUCAUAUUACAUUACAUGGGCUCUUUUCUCAAGGUUCCAUUGGUUCUUUUCUGCUUA